UAUAGCCAAAAUAACGUUUGGAAAACCCCCAAGUGGGUGCGUCGUUUACAACAAUUUUGAUUCGAUGGAGCGCGAAGACGGCGUUCAACAGCCAUUGUCGUCGGAGCAAGUGAUGAGUGAAGUUCACCUCGGCUGCCCUCCUCACCACUCCGGUCCCCAUCUCUCCCAUUUUACCAUCUCGCUACCGCCUCGCCACGUUGAGGAUAUGUCAAUUUCUGCAUCUACCAUGUUUGACUUGGAUGAAGAUGGUGAUCUUAUUCUAACACGGCGCAAAAAACCACCUAGCCAUAAUCUUGUCUUAACCAUCCAGCAUAAUAUCACUUCAUCGAUUCGUAGAGUUGGUUUGCAGGUUUGGAGAGCAGAACUAGUGCUUACUGAUUUUGUGUUGCAUCUUAUGUCUACAUCAUCUGAUUUUGAUAAAGUUGUUGCAUUGGAGCUUGGGGCUGGUACAGGGUUAGUUGGUAUUUUGCUUGCCCGUGUUGCUAAAACUGUCUUCAUAACAGACCAUGGAGACAAAGUACUUGAGAACUGUGAGAAAAAUGUGGAUCUUAAUGCUGAAAUAUUCCAUGGGAAGGCUUCUGUUCAUGUACGUGAACUUGAUUGGAAAGAUUCAUGGCCUCCUCAAGAGGAGAAUACUUCACCAUCUAAAGGAAGGUACAGCUGGACCCAAUCAGAAAUCGAAGAACUCAAGAAAGCUUCUUUGCUUCUGGCUGCUGAUGUCAUUUACAGUGAUGAUCUGACUGAUGCAUUCUUCAGCAUCUUGAAGAAAUUAAUGUUAGACAACCCGGAGAAGGUGCUAUACUUGGCUAUGGAAAAGCGUUACAACUUUUCCCUUGAUGAUCUUGAUGUUGUUGCAAAUGGAUAUUCACACUUCCGUAGUUACCUGAUCACUGAACAAGCCGAUGAUGCAGGAUGUAAGCAGCUCGAUAGUGCAUCCGAGCCCUUCUUUGUUGGUGAACAGAUUGAUUUGAGAUACAUUCCAUGUUAUGUGCGGAAUUACAAUAGAGGGAAUGACGUUGAACUUUGGAAAAUUAAGUUAAAUCAUAAAGCACUCUCCUGA